GCAUUUCCAGAGAGGAGAUUGUGGCUUCUAGAGAUCGGAAUCUACAAGAGAAGUCAGUCUUAUUUACCAUCCAAGAAAACCUUCUCUUUCCUUCCAUUAGCCAGUUAAGAAAUUUACAGACACAUAAGCCAUCACGAGGUGUAUCAGUUCUUCAAGGAAUUCUGCUAUUGCUCUAUUUGCCUUUCCCUGUGACUGAGGCCUUUGGACUUGCAUUAUGUUAUCAGCGGCCCUAAUUACUUUGGUGAGAAGCGGUGGGAACCAGGUGAAGAAGAGAGUACUGCUAAGCUCUGUCCUUCUGCAGGACAACAGACAGGUGACUCCUACCUGCUACAGCUCCACUUCGGAGCCCAGGUGUUCUCGAUUUGAUCCAGACGGAAGUGGGCAACCCGCUACUUGGGACAAUUUUGGGAUCUGGGACAACCGUAUUGAUGAGCCAAUUCUGCUGCCACCUAGCAUCAAGUAUGGCAAGCCAAUCCCCAAAAUCAGCCUGGAGAACGUGGGCUGUGCCUCCCUCAUUGGCAAACGGAAAGAAAAUGAAGACCGGUUUGGGUUCGCACAGCUGACAGAGGAGGUGCUGUACUUUGCAGUGUAUGAUGGGCACGGGGGCCCUGCAGCUGCCGACUUCUGUCACACGCACAUGAAAAAAUGUGUGAUGGAUUUGCUGCCUCGGGAGAAAGACUUGAAAACCGUACUGACCUUGGCCUUUCUAGAAAUAGAUAAAGCCUUUUCCAGUUAUGCCCACCUGUCUGCUGAUGCAAGCCUCCUGACUUCUGGGACUACUGCAACGGUAGCCUUGUUGAGAGAUGGCAUUGAACUGGUUGUAGCCAGUGUUGGAGACAGCCGGGCUCUUUUGUGUAGAAAAGGAAAACCCAUGAAGCUGACCACUGACCAUACCCCAGAGAGAAAGGAUGAGAAAGAAAGGAUCAAGAAAUGUGGUGGGUUUGUAGCUUGGAAUAGUUUGGGACAGCCCCAUGUAAAUGGCAGACUUGCAAUGACAAGGAGUAUUGGAGAUUUGGAUCUUAAAGCCAGUGGUGUAAUAGCAGAACCGGAGACAACAAGGAUUAAGCUCUACCAUGCGGAGGACAGUUUCCUGGUCCUCACCACAGAUGGGAUUAACUUCAUGGUGAACAGUCAAGAGAUCUGUGACUUUGUCAACCAGUGCCAUGACCCUAAUGAAGCAGCCCAUGCAGUGACUGAACAGGCAAUACAGUAUGGUACAGAAGACAACAGCACUGCAGUAGUGGUGCCCUUUGGCGCCUGGGGAAAAUACAAGAACUCUGAAAUAAACUUUUCAUUCAGCAGAAGCUUUGCCUCCAGCGGACGGUGGGCCUGAUCUCCAGCCGGGACUCAGUGUUCCUAAGCGGCAGUGUGUCAGCGAGCAUGUCAAGAAACUGAUGAUAGCCAAAAGGCUGCCUGUACCCAUGAGUCCCAGGACAAUGCAAGCUUGCCAGCUAUGUACAUGGUAGUAUUUUCACAAAUCCUCAUCAUUACGUUCAACUGUAUGUGUUCAGCAGUGCAAGCACCACGGCAAAGCUGUGAAGCCAUUGCGAGACUCUGAGCUGAGUGGGAGAGAGUGGUUUUGGUACACUUGAUGAUGUACAAAAUAUGCCUUUUGUUUUGUGAUGCUGGAGAUUGAAUCCGGGCUUUCUAGUUUUUAAGAUUACCAGGCAGAUCCCGUUUCUUUUAACAAUUUUGUUCUUCAUUCAGUUGGACAGGUUUUCUGAAUUUUGAUAGCUAGUCAAUGUGUUAUUUGCAAGUGUUUCUUUCUUCUUUCUCUUUGUUUAAAACAGUUCUCACUGACUGGCCUUGAACUCCUGGGUUAAAAACGUCUUCCUACUUCAGUCUCCUGAAUACCUGGGACUGUAGGAUGCUCCAACUUACAAAUGUUUUCUGUUUUCGUUUUUAGUUGUUUAGAGCAGAACAAGCAUAGAUUUAUUACAGAAAAGUACUCCUGGGAGAUGCAGGAAUUCCAAGGGAGGAAUACGCACAAGUGUUAUUUUUUUUAAUAAAUGUACCAAGGAGUGAAAAUGAAAACUAGUAAGAGAUAACUUCCCUGUUACUGUACCUUGUACUCUGGACCACAGAUUAGUAAAUUUAACCCUGCAAAAGAAACUUCUUCAGGCAGAAGACAUGGCUACAGUGUAUACAUAUUUGUAAAUAGCUCUCUUGUGUAUUUUAACUAUUUUUAGGCCUUUCCCCAUCCAGUCCUGUUUUCUAUAGUCAAAUAUACUAUAUAGCUCCAACUACCCCUUAAUCCCCUGAGGAGAAUGUAUAGAUUCUGAUCAAAACAUGUACAGUGACAUGCUGACAGUGUUUGUGUUUGUUGACUGUGUGUGCAAGUUGGUUGUUGUGUGUUUGUGUGUGGUAUGUUUAUAUCACAUUUUAUGCACAUAGUAAGCAAGUUGGGUCAUUUGUUAGUAAAGAUAAUAUUACAAUGACUCACACUGCUGUAGACAUAGCUUGAGCUUUAAUCUCUCUAUUUUCCUCAUUUCUGAGAUUUAUGAGGAAGAAUAAAUCUUUUUAAAAGGGAUAUUCAAGCAUGUCAGCUUGGUACAUAAAUUAGGAAUGUAAAACUACACUCCUUUUUAACCUACAUAUAAAUUUGCUGUUAAACUGUGAAUCCCUAAAAUAGUUUAUUUUCACAAAUCAUGUAAAUUUGGUAUAUGUGUGAUGAAUGUAUAAAUGUUUUGAAGUAAUAUAAAAUUAAAGGGAAGAGACUUGUAGAGCCUUUAUCAGUUCGCUUUAAAUUAUUGAUAUAUUUAUCCUGAAGGACACUCAAUAAAUUGAGUGGUUUUCUGUAGUCAAGAAUCAAUGGUAGUUAGUAGAUAACCACUAUGGAUUAAAAGUAUGUGUGGGAGGCCAGAUGCAAUGGCCUGUGCCUAUAAUCUCAGGACUUGGGAGGAGGAGGCAAGAUAAUGGUGAUGGUGACUUUGAGAUCAGCCUGGGCUAUGUAGCAAGUUCCAGGGAAGUCUGAACCACAGCAUCUCUCCCCCAAACAAAAUAUCAACAACAAAGGUCUACAAGAGACUUUUUAUUUUGUGGGUAACCAAAGAACAGAAGCAACCACGUUGUGUAGUAAUUUGAAUAUAAAAUUAUGGGCUAUGAAAAGAUUAGUGAAUGUUGAGAAUGACUUGGAAUUUUGAGGAAAAAAACGAGAAAAAUAAUUAAAUAGGUAUGCCUUCAAGUCUGAUGUGUUUUCUUCCUUUAACUUUUGUUUUAAAUAUGUAGUGGGAGGCAAAUAAAUUUUCUCAUCUUCUUGCUUUGGGGAAUGGAAGAAAAUACAUUUUAACUUUACUUGCCUAUACUAGUUAGAACAGGCUCAAUAGAGAAUUUAAGGUCUUUUCGUGCACAUUAGUUGAGAAGAGAAAAACAUUUGCUAGGCUUGUUAGCUUACAUGUGCAGUUCCAACAUGCAGCAGGCUGUAGCAGAAGAAUCUGGAAUUUGCUAUGAGCUAUAUAGCAAGACCCUGUCUCAGGAGACAAGCAAAGCCCACAGCAAAGAGUGCAGUCUGUGUUCACUGUCUGAAAUGGAGACACACAGAAGACCAGCAGAGCUGAGACGCUGUCUUGUUGAAUCGGUUGUUGGGACAGAAUUAUGAAAACAGCUUUUAAGAGCACUGAGAACUUGUAAACUAAUGUGCACAGCAAAAUUCUCAAGCUUUAAAAUGACAUUCUGGUGUGUAGGCUACGUUUCUGUUCUAAAUUCUUGUGUUACUACACCCCUCUACCUUCCACCCCGCCACCCGUGCUUUUUAUUUGCCUUUGAAACCAGGGUUGAGAGUGAACUCGUGGAGUUCAGAGGCUUGAUGGUCAAUGAUAGAUUGGGGUGGAUUCCAGAUAUGAUGAGGAGGAAUCUGUAGAUGAUGGCCUUGGGUGCACUUGGUCCUAUUUCAGCUGGAAAAGAUUUUUGGUGCUGGUGGUGAGGUUUGGUGUGUGUGUGUGUGUGUGUGUGUGUGUGUGUGUGUGUGUGUGUGUGAAUAGAUGUGUCUCAGCCUCCUGAGUGCUGAGAUUAUAGGCAUACACUCCCACACCUGGUUUUACCUGGAGGAAAUUUAAAACCCUAAUUCAGUCUUGCUUGAUAAAGGUGCUGGUCUCAUAGGGGCUGGGCUGUGUCCUUUCCUACAGGCUUUCUUUACACACAUUUGUCAAGAUCAAACCUGAAUAAAGCUACAAGUCGAUAUGAAAAAAAAAACCUGUCUUUCUUUUCUAAGUCUCAAUAUUAAAAUAUAAUUUACAGAAUAUACUAUCAUAAUCAUAAGUGAUAAGAACACACACAUGCCUCUGUUAUUGCGAAUGGUACAAUAGUGGAAAGAAAGGGACUGUUCUUACAUGCUUUUUAGUGUGAAUUUAGCUGGGAGUUUGCCAUGUGGGUGUAGGCUUGAUAUAAAUGAUGUAAUACAGGAAGUGCAUUGGUUAUAUUUAUGUGUGCCUUUCAUUUACAUGCAGUAUGUAAAAAAUCUUUUUUGUGUUGCCACCAGUCAUUUGGUGAAAUGUUCCUUAAAGUAUUAUGAUAUUUUACAAUUCUAAAUAUAUAAACAUUUUAUCAGUUCAGAAGUAAACAUAGUCAUGCUCUCUGUCAGCUGCUCAUUUGUUAGAAUUCCUUGUGUCUUUUGACUGCUUCAAAUCCAGGCAUCCCCCCCCCAAGGGUCAAAAGGUCCCUUAGUAAGGAUCAGUUUUGCUUCUUUGUAUUACAUGAUAUGAACUUUCCCAUAUCACAGCAUUCUUAAAUUUUUACUUUGAAGAGGUAGCAGCAUACAUGUAAUCUAAAAUAUGGAAAUUAUUUGAAUUUUUAAAUUAUUUUAAAUUUUAUUAUUAGUUAAUUUUUCUAAGAACGGAUAUGGAACUAAUCUCAUCAUAACAAAACAGUAAGAAAGUGCUCCCAGGUGGGACCUGAGGAGUUCAAGUUUAGAAUUAGCAACUGCAGCCAAGCGCUUGUGUUUCCCUUCACUGCCAGGAUUCCCCACAUGCCUGGGUCUGUAAAACACGGUACCAUGAGAUUGUGGCACACUGAGUUUCCUGGGUUUCAUUCUGAGAAUGACCUAAGCAGGAACAACAAGUUGGGUUUUACAAGAUGAGCAAAGCGAAACGGAAACAUGCCUGCUGCGCUUGACAGGUGGAAUAAAGCCCGUUGGUUCUGUGGCAGCUCCCAUUGGUUGCGGGAUGGUUGGAAUGGUCCAUGGUGUUAUAGAAUUCUGGGCUAUGUGAACGUAGAUGUGCGGCACCGCCAAGGACGACUGUGGAUAUUUGUUUUGUAAUUUUCCGAAGUCCUACUUGGUACGGUCCCUUUGUGGUGAAUUUGACUAUUGUUUCAAAUGUAUGUGCUAGAGUAAAUGAACAAACUAAAGUCACCUGUCUCAGUGGUGAAAACAGCCGAAUAAAAUGCACAUGUUGAACUCCUCCUAAA